AAUGAAGCAAAAAAGUAUCAAUCGGUAAAAGACUAAAACUAUUUUAUUGUGUGAGGCGUACCCAACCAUCGGCUCGCCUUUUCAAAGAUACUAAGAUAUAUUAUACUGUUAUCUGUUUAAGGCAAUUACUAAAAACCCUUUUUAGGACAAUAAAAAGAGCCCAGCUUAUGCGGUAUUUAUGGACAUUACUAUAUAUAGGGAUUGCUCUAAUCCUAUGCCCGAUUAGGGCCAAGGCCGCAAUGGAGCAGAGCCACAGCACUUCCGUCGCGGGUAUGGUGAAGUUGGUGCUGCUAGAGGCCAAGCUCAUUGAGAAUCUCAGCAGCUAUGCGGAUGAGCUCGAGAAGAAACUGAAUAUAUUGAAAAGGGUCGUUCCACUAUUGCAAGAGAAAAGCAAUAAGGCGAUGAGUCAAAUGGAGCAAUAUGUGUCGAAUCCCAUAAACGCAUUUUCACUAAUACGUCGGUUGCAUAAGGAUUGGAAUAAAUGGAAGUUAUUCAUGGAGGAACCACUGGGCUCAUCGCAGGUGGCAUAUGUAAAUGAACACAAAGCCCAGCUGCCGAGCCCAACUGAUAUGGAUGAGACAUGCCAAGGGUUGCACCGGCUAUAUGAUGUGUACAACCUGACGGUGAAGGACAUCGUCAGGGGGCUGAUUAACGGGAAGCAGUACAACGCCAGUCUAGGAGCCUUGGAUACCUACGCGAUGGGCAAGUACCUGGACCACUAUCGAAUUCGAGAUUUGGCCAGCGAAUGGUUUGCGGAGACAAGCAAGUCGCUAAUGCAGCACACACUCCCAAUACCAAUGGGAGGCGAACGUCAACAAGUGCUGCAACUCUUUGCGAGGGCAUUUAUCAAACAGAAGCAUUACACAAUCGCGCUGCCCCUCUUGGACCACGCUCUGAUAAAGGGCAACAAAACAAACAAUUCAGAUCUGUUAAGUGAGAGGGCUCAAAUCGAGGAAUUGGCCCGAGCGGCGCCCAAAUUAAGGCCAAGCAUUAGAUAUACGACUGAUUACGCUAGAGGAUGCCGCAGUCAAUACGUGCAACAAACCAACUUGAUUUGCAAGUACAAGUUCAGGCCUUCGCCGUUUCUCCGUCUAGCGCCGCUCAAAAUGGAGGUUCUGGUCGUUAAACCAUUUAUAGUGGCCUUUCACGACGUGCUGUCACCACAUGAAAUAGGCGAACUGCAACAGCUCGCAAUGCCGCUUUUAAAGCGCACAACCGUAUAUGAUUCAAAUUCUGGGCUUCAUGGAUCUGUCAAAGGCACACGGACCUCAAAGGGUUUUUGGCUUUCGCGCAGCCAUAAUAACCUAACAAAGCGGAUUGCUAGACGUAUUUCGGAUAUGACUGGAUUUCAUUUAGAAGGCUCAACCUCACUACAAGUCAUGAACUACGGCUUGAGUGGGCACUACGCACUGCAUACCGAUUACUUCAAUACCACAGAGCUUAUUGCACCAGAGAGUCCGACGGGUGAUCGCAUUGCUACGGUUCUGUUCUAUCUAAGUGAUGUAGAACAAGGUGGUGACACUGUAUUCCCUCGCAUUGAACAGGUCUUCAAACCAGAGCGCGGAAAGGCUCUUUUCUGGUACAAUUUACAUCGCAAUGGAACAGGCGAUAAGAGAACCCAGCAUGGAGCCUGUCCAGUGCUAGUGGGUUCCAAGUGGAUAAUGACCCAAUGGAUAAACGAACGCCCGCAGCUCUUUGCUCGACCUUGUCUCCGGGAGAGCACCAAAUGAAUUUGCCUGAUGUUCUAAAAUAACUUUUCAUCAUUUCAAACUUUUAAACUGCCAAUAAACAUGUAAUUUAGUGCGAAUUUUUAGCCUGCUCGAACUGCUGCUUAUGUCA